AUGAUCUACACAGGACACAAGUUGGAGAGCCAGAAUGAAGUGUACAAUCCAUUCUUAGAAGAGCAGACUUCUUUCGGGCCAUACCAGCCACACUAUGCAAGCCCAGAAAGCUUCAACUUAGGUUUCCCUACUACUUUGCUCGAAUUCGACUCAUUUCCAAUCGCUCAUCAAACAAACGUCACUGCCGACGUUGAACUCAACACUUUCGAAGACAUUUCCGCUUAUUUGGGCAUGUGGGAUUUCGACCAACCUCAAUUUUACAACGACGUUGCGAAUAAUAACCCUAAUCCAAUCACCGGCAUGCACAACGACUACGCCACCACUAUCGUUCAAAACCCUAAUUACUACGGUACAAUGAUGUUCGAACAUCCAACGGUGGACGUGGCUUGUCAAGGUCAAUUGUUGAGUUUCGACGUGAACGAGGAUGAUGCCAAGAGAAACGGGAAGUACAACAAGUCGUCCGCGCUGCAAUUGGAGGAGAUCCAAAAGUACUUUGACGUCCCGAUAACUAGGGCUGCAAAAGAGCUGAACGUUGGGCUGACCGUUUUGAAGAAACGGUGCCGAGAACUGAAUAUCAUGAGGUGGCCCCAUAGAAAGAUCAAGAGCCUCAAGUCACUUAUCCAUAAUGUUAAGGAGUUGGGGAUGACGAACGAGAUUGAGAUGUUGGAGGAACACAAAAGAAUGGUGGAAAAGAUACCGGAAAUGGAGUUGACCGAGAGAACUAAGAGAUUGAGGCAAGCUUGUUUCAAGGCCAACUACAAAAGGAGAAGGUCCAUGCAGCAAGCUGCAGGCUUAUGA